GUCGACAGCACGCCCCGUGAGGGUCAGACCAUCAUGUCGUCCACGGCCAAGGCCAUAAAUUGCGAUGAGCACCGUCUCGACACCAUCAGCUGCGCCGUCUCUCCUAACCACCACCCCCUAGGCUAAUUGGGUCUGAGAUGCAGUGCAACCUGCUCCACUGCGGGACUGAAAAGAGGUACCGGCGGUACAACGACAGCAUCCUCCAACCUCCUAGAAACCACAUCAUCAUGUUCGGCUGGACGCGGCGUUUCUCUACCGCCACCUCCCUCCUUAAAAAUACCACCACAAUGGCCUCCCCCUCCCUCCAAAAACACUCCUUCCAAGUCUUCCGCGAUGUCCCCCAGCUCCGCCAGCUGCGUCGCCAGCUCCUCCUCUCCAACCGGACCGUCGGUCUCGUCCCAACCAUGGGCGCCCUUCACGAAGGCCACCUCUCCCUAAUCCGCCAAGCCGCUGCCGAAAACACCGACGUCUUCGUCAGCAUCUACGUGAACCCCACCCAAUUCGGCGUGACGGAGGAUCUCUCCAGCUACCCACGCACCUGGGACAGCGAUGUCGCCAAGCUGGAGGAAUUGAACACCGAGCUGGCCAGUCAGGACAGCAAAAACGGUCGCAUCACCGCCAUUCUCGCGCCCACAUCCAAGGUCAUGUAUCCGACACUCCCACCAUCGUCUGAAAUCGACGGCGAUGGGUCCUUCGUCACUAUUACCCCACUCUCCCGGAAACUGGAGGGUGCAUCCCGGCCUGUAUUCUUCCGCGGCGUGGCGACCGUCUGCAUGAAGCUGUUUAAUAUUGUCCAUGCCGAUCGGGCUUAUUUCGGACAGAAGGACGUGCAGCAGACGGUUGUGAUUAAGCGGCUGGUCAAGGAUUUCUAUAUCGAUACCGAGAUUAAGAUUGGGGAUACGGUUCGUGAGCAUGAUGGGUUGGCGAUGAGUUCCAGGAACGUCUAUCUCGGUGCGAGAAGACGCGCUGUGGGAUUGGCGCUCUACACUGCUUUGAAGGCCGCGGAGGAUGCGUAUAACGCUGGCAAGGUCAACCGGAUUGAGGUUCUCGAUGCGGCAAACAGUGUUGCUCAGAAGAUUCUGGCGGAGCAGCAAGCCUUGUCCCCGGCGGAGAGAGCCCUCUACGAGGUUGAUUACAUCUCGCUCGCUGACCCGGAUACUCUAGAUGAGUUGGAUGUUAUUGAUCCUGCCAAGGGCGCCAUUCUCAGCGGCGCCAUUAAGAUGGCUCCUCUGGAGGAGUCGAAGCCCGGCGAGGACUGUGGCCUAGGCGAUGGCCAAGUUGCGGUACGUUUGAUCGACAACUUGAUCUUCAAGCCGCGGGUGUAGAUAGAGGCGGGUCACCAUUGAUCCGGACCUCAUCCCAAAAGCAAAAAGCACAUAUACCCGAUGUAAUUUACUAGACCAGAUAUUUAUAUAUAGAUGUACCCAAAAGUCAUACAUUCAUUACCU